AAACGAACAUGUCGAGUUCUUUCUGUUACCCCUAAUAAUGCUUAGCUUUAUAUAAUACGCAUGUAUCUACAGUGUAUCUGAUGUAUCCGGUGUAUCUGCUGUUUCUCCUUUUUCAUAGCGCAACUACAAUUUCCGAUGUCUAUCUACAAUUUAUAUGGGGUGCUAUACUUUGCUAUAUUGAAUGGAAUGACAUUCAAGAUAUAUGCUAUGCUCGUGAAAACCUAACAAUUUAUCUUUGACGCAUAACGCUUGUCCGUCACACCCGGAUUUGCCGAACCAAUCAAAAUACUUCUUUUUUAGUCCCCGUGAGCUUCUUUCUGAUUCCAUAAAGAGCCAACAAAAAAUAGAUAUUACGUCUUCCUUUUUCUCUUUACUCAAUUCAAAAAUCAUAGAAAAAAUGGCUCGUUCAAGACAGACUCGUCGUGCUCCCACUCAACAAACCCGUAGUGCUCAUACCAUGCCUACAAGACAAGCACCUCAACAACAACAUGCUCCUGUCCAGCAUCAGACACCUCCCCCACCUGCCGUAGCACAACCACAACAACGUCAACCUGGCAUGUUUGCUCAGAUGGCAACAACUGCUGCUGGUGUAGCUGUUGGUUCUGCUGUAGGUCACACUAUGGCAGCUGGUGUAUCCUCCAUGUUUGGUGGUGGUGGUAGUAGUGAGCCCCAAGAGCAAGCACAACAAGAACAGUACCCAUCUCAGCAAUACCAGCCUAUGGCAGCAUCAACACAAAACGGAGCCUCUUGUGAAGCUGAUGCAAAAGCGUUUACACAAUGUCUUGAAGCAACUAAUAAUGACAUGUCUGCUUGUAAAUGGUAUCUGGAUGCUCUCAAACAAUGUCAAUCCAUGGCUUCACAAUAUUAGAACAAUAAAGCUUUUUUAUUUAUAUUUAUAUUUAUCUGCGUUCAUAAUCGAAAUCAAGUUCAAAUUGAACGUAAGGUCGGUAGCUACUAUCAUUGACAGAUUGUAAGUCAUGAUCCAAAAGUUCUUCUUGGUUGUCAUUCUUGAAUGAUUGACCAUGGACACCGCCUAAGCGA